AUGAGGACAUUCUGUAAUGCUGAGGAUAUAGAUGUCAAGUCAAGCAACGUACUCCUAGACAAGGAUUACAGAGCUAAAGUUGCGGACUUUGGUGCCUCCAGGUUGAUUCUUACCGACCAAGAUCAGUUAAGUACAGUAGUUCAAGGUACUUUUGGAUACCUAGAUCCAGAAUACAUGCAGACAGAGCAACUAACAGAAAAAAGCGAUGUGUACAGCUUCGGCGUUCUGCUUGCAGAAUUACUGACAGGAAUGUCGAGUCUUAUUAGAGGAACGUAUCAUCAAAAUAUUGGAUUUAAGCUCAAUUUUGUUUGGAUUAAGGAAAAGAUGACUCAAGUUAGCCACUGCGGGUAUUCGACAGUUUGGGGUUUACAGUUUAAGCUUGCUUUACAGUCAGCAGCACAAGUAAUUUGUCAGAACUUGAAACGUGUACUUGAAGAAGAAAUUGAGGGGCUGCAGUUUAAGGUUGCACUUGGUGGAUGCGAUAAAUUAUGA